CCGAAACCCUCGCGCGCGCCGACCGCAGGCCAUGGAGGACGACCGGCAGGGGCCACCGGGCGACGGCGCCGAAGAUCUCGAUCUCGACCUCGACCUCAUCAGCCGCCUCCCGGACGAGCUGCUCGGCACCGUCGUCUCGCUCCUCCCCACCAAGGACGGCGCGCGCACGCAGUUACUCUCCCGCCGCUGGCGCCCGCUCUGGCGCUCCUCCAUGGCGCCGCUCAACCUCAUCGCCGACUACCACCUCUCCGAAAAGGACUCGCGCGCGGCGCUGGUCUCCAGGAUCCUCGCCGAUCCCCCCGGCCCGGCCCGCCGCUUCUCAAUCCAGCUCAUGUUCCUGCCGGAGAGCUUCGACGAGGUCGACGGCUGGUUCCGGUCCGGGACCCUCGCCGGCCUCCACCAGCUCGAGGCCACCAACCUGCGGAAUAGCUACUACCCGCUGCCGCAGCACGCCCUGGUCCGCUUCGCGCCGACGCUGCGCGUGCUCAGCCUCGGCGGUUGCCGGUUCCCUGACCUUGCCCGGCCACCGAGCUUCCCGCACCUCAAUCAGCUCAUCCUAUACGAUGUCGGCAUCUCGGAGAGCUCUCUGCAAAGUGUGAUCUCGGGCUGCCUUGUUCUGCAAAGCGUCUCGCUGCACAACAUGGGCUUUGGUCGCUUUUGCAUCAGGUCGCCCACCCUCCGGAGCAUCGGCUUCUAUGCUCCUCGCACACAAGGCGUCACCACUUUCCAGGAGCUGGUAAUCGAGGAUGCCCCUUGCCUUGAUAGAUUGCUGCCAAUUUAUCCAGAUGAUGGCCCCGCGACUAUACGAGUGAUUCGGGCUCCUAAACUGCAGAUAUUGGGUUUUUUGUCGGAAGGCAUAUCCACACUCCAAUUUGGAACGACAGUAUUUCAGAAAAUGUUUGCUGUCAGCUUGACAACCAAGAUGUACACAAUGAAGAUUUUGGCUCUUGACUCAAUUGGCCCUAAUCUGGAUGCAGUUAUUGAUUUUCUCAAGUGCUUCCCCUGCUUGGAGAAGCUCCAUGUCAUUUCGCAUCCCCAAAAGGCUAUGAAUAAUGUGCGGAAGUUUGACCCACUCGAGCAAAUUGAAUGCCUUGAACUCCAUCUAAAAAAAGUGGUGUUGAAGAAUUACAAUGCUGACAAGAGUCCAUCAGUCGACUUUGCAAACUUCUUUAUUUUGAAUGCCAAAGUGCUGGAGGAAAUGGAAAUCGGAGUUCUUGACGACGGCAGCUACAGAUGUAUGUGUGACAAAUGGAUGCGUGAUCAACAUAGGCCGCUUCAGUUGGAUAACAGAGCUUCUCAAAAUGCUCGAAUUGAACUAAAAAGGGAUGGAAAGGCGAUCCCAGCAAACCACGGGCAUACCCAUGAUUUGUCAAUGGCUGAUCCCUUUGACAAGUCCUCGUGUGGAUGUGGUAAGUGUGUUAGAUAUAGUUAGCCUUUUUGAUGCUGGCGUCACCCUCUCUGUCCAAAGCAAUGGUAUUAUGUGGCUCCCUUGUUCUUCAGUCUAUAUAAUGGUUCUUGUGAAGCUCUGCAAAAUGGUCUUCUACUCGAUUCAACAAUGCAGUGCUUUGUAACUCACUGUGGGGGAAAACAGGACUGAGGAGGUGGUGCCUGACCCAGCCAGAAUGUUGCUAGUAUUGUGUCUUCUGUUUGGUUAAUACUCAUUGUUUCUCUCCUAUUCUAUGUCGGGUCGUUACUGGGAGCACCUGCUGGCUGUAGCUAAUUUAUCUGUGUAUCUACUCUUGCUUUAAUAAAGAACACACCCUUGUAUUUUUUGUCUAGAAACCUUGUAACUUUUGUCUAGAAAUAUGCAGUACAGAGUUUAUUUCAUUGGAUGCAAUUUAUU